AUGACUAUGAGGUCAACUGCCAAUUUAAUGCUAGGUGUAGCAAUGGGUACAGCACUUGGUUACAUGCUGUAUCCCAAUAUUGAAGGGAAUAAUCUCAAACAUAACUUUAUAAAGAACAUGAAUGUUCAAAGUAUUAAUAUUAAAGGUUUUUGGUUAAGAAAACUGAAUCAUUUCUAUUUUGACAAAUUCACAAACUCUGUGACUGGGGGAUUUUAUCCAUCAGCCAAGCUUCCUAGUAUGAAUAAUCUAAUUCUAAGAGAAUCUUACUUAUCGUCAGUUUCAUUUAAAGACAAAAUACCCAAUUGGGUAGCUGAGAAAAUUUCAGAGAAGUCAUGCAGCGGAAAGGCAAAUAGGAAUGACUGUAUCUUCCAGGUAGACCCAGAAGUCCCAUUAAUUUGGAGUGCUGAAAACAAGGAUUACGUUGCUAGUGGAUAUAGCAGAGGUCAUAUGGCAUCAGCAGGCCAACACAAAGAAACGGCAACAGCUCAGUCUGACACCUUUUAUUUAUCUGGUAAUAUUCUUCCACAGGAUUUAUCUAAUAAUGGAGGGGAUUGGUACAGGUUAGAGCUGAUUUCAAGAGAGCUCACAAAAUACUAUCAAGAUGUCUAUGUAGUUUCAGGGCCAUUAUUUGCUCCAAGUUAUAUGCGUUCUCAACACUUUAAAGAUCUGGCCAAAAAUCUAGAAAAUAUCAAAAAGGAAGACCCUCCAAAAGAUGCAUUAGGUCAAAUAUGCGUUGUACACAAGAAAGAUGUUCUUGAUAAAGCUAGAGAAUUAGGAGAUGAGAAGGAAAUUGAUCCAAAGUUUAUAGUUACAUCUGAUUUAAAUGACACAUCUAUUGAUAGUGUUACUUAUCAAGUAAUUGGUGACAAACUCGUCUCGGUCCCAACACAUUUGUUUAAAAUCAUUCUUGCAGUCCAUCCAAAGAAAAUACAAGAUAACGAUCUCCCUCCAAUUGCAUUCGGUAGUUUUGUUAUGAAUAAUAAACCAGAAGAUAAAAGAUAUUUAAUUCAAGACUAUAUGGUACCUUUAAAGAGCAUUGAAAUUGCCACUGGUUUGGACUUUUCUGGUCUCAAGGAAUUUGCAAUUGACUAUCUAAAGACCAAUUUGUCAAGAAGAGAUUUUAAAAAACUCCUAAACGAAAAUAUUGAUCAAGUUGAAAACAUCUACAGCAUUUGUAACGUCAAGGACACUCUAAAACACGGCAAGGAUGCUCAAUCUAUAUGUAUUGAUGAGGAUUCAAAAAGAGUUUGGUCCUGGAGAUAUCUUGGGUAUAUUAAGUUAUCAAAUACUAAACAAGAGCUCGAGGAUGUAUGGAGUACAAUCAAAAAACGUGGAUAUGACAAAGAGAAUUUUUUCCUUAGAAAAGAAUACGUGAACAAAUGUAAAUCUCUUGGAAUUGAACCAGAGGAAUUUUAG